CGGGCUGUCGCCCCCCCAGCCAUGCCCGUGGACCUGGCCGUGCGGCUCUGCCUGAGCCACUCGCCCCCCAUCCGCAAGCUGCUGAACUCCUACGAGGAGCUGCGGGGCAACCGAGGCCGCAAACCCCUCCGAUCCUGUCUCAACCAGAAGCUGAGCGCAGAACCUGAGCCCGAGCGGCGAGACAACACCAAGAGCUCCAAGGGGCAGAAGAAGAAGCGAGUCGUGUUUGCUGAUAUGAAGGGGCUCUCGCUGACGGCCGUCCGCUUCUUCUCAAGGAUUGAGGAGGACCUUUGUGACUUGCAGCAUGCCCUGUCAGACCUUGCCUCCUUCCGCCCCAGGCUGUGGGACUCGCGCCCAGAAGCGUGCAGGUACGUGCUGGACUUCCCACAGCCCUCAGUGGACUACACGGCUUUCCGCAGCAGCCUGCACAGGAACCUCGUCUGCCUGGAGAGCUGUGUGAUCCAGGACCGUGCUCUGUCAGGGACAGUGAAGGUCAGAAACAUUGCCUAUGAGAAGAAGGUGGCAGUCCGCAUCACCUUCGACGGCUGGAAGAGCUUCCGGGACGUCCCCUGCCAGUACAUGCACAGCACGUACGGCUCGGCCGACACAGACAUCUUCUCCUUUGAGCUCACCCUGCCCAAGCCAGCCAGCGGCCGCAGGGCCACAGAGUUCUGCAUCUCCUUCCAGUGUGGACAGAAGACCCACUGGGACAACAACCAUGGGAAGAACUACAAGAUCCGCCAUGUGGGCGGAUCCUCCCGUGCCAUGAAGAGUGCCAGUGGGGCCUGGGAGCAUCUUGGCACCUCUGGGGCUGCCGCCCUGGUCCUUUCUCACCUGCAGACCUGGCAGCGUUCAGAGACCCAGGCUCCUUACUGGUAGGAGGGCAGUGUGUGAAGACAUGUAGGUCCUCUCCACAUCCCAGACAUGGUACAAGAGUCUUGGGGGAAGGGUCAGCUGCAGAAGAUGCUGCUCACAGUUCUGUUAGCCCCUCCACGGCUCUAUGAGCAGCUGCCGGUCUCUGCAGAAGCUUUUUUCCUACUGGCUCCUGGCGCAGAGGCUGGAAGCUGCUGCUUGGAGUGACUCCUGUAGGUUCUUGCAAGUGACAAGGAACAGGCUGUGAGCCAGAGCCCGCGGCCAGGCCUGAGCCACUCAGGGAGCCACGGGGCCGGUGCUGCCCAAGUGCCUUGUGUGGAAGGGGCUGCUGGGGAGGGGACGGGCUCCUCGUGCUCCACCGUCCCGAGAAGGGCUUAGUGCGGGGCCACCGGGCCGAGAGUGGCGGGGGCACCUCCGGUCGUUGGUGCUGUAACGGGGAGUUUAAUAAAGUGACGGCGCUUCGCGA